CUGAAAGUUACACUCAGACAUUUGACGGAGAAAGCGACUCUUCACUGACGAUCUGCAGAUUAUCCAUUCUCAAUUCAGGAUGUCAGUGCAGUUCUCUGGCUGGGAGGUGGUUGACGAUGGUGCUUCCUUUACUGGUGUGGCGCUGGAGCCGUCCCAGAAGCCCCAAAAUCGGGGCGUCUACACCAUGUUCCAUGGAACCAGCAUUGCCAGCGCACGGCUCAUCAUUGCCAGUGGCUUUAAACAGUCAACAGGUGGCAUGCUGGGAAGGGGUGUGUAUGUCAGCCGUGAUAAGAAAAAGGCAUCUCAUUAUCCGUUGAACAGCAACAUCUCAGACCGUGUGGUCCUUGAGGUGCGUGUGCGUGUUGGCCGUGUGAAGCGCAUCGACCAGGACAACCAUCCGAUGCAGUACACCUGGCACGCCAAUGGCUACGACACCGCCUGGGUGCCCCCCAAGUGUGGCUUGAAAGCUGUGCGCAGCGGCCUGGAGGAGGAUUGUGUGUUUGACCCCAAAAGAGUGAAGGUGGUUGGUAUUGCAAACGCACCAAACACAAACAUACAGAAAGAACUUCAACAGCUUCUAUCAAAAACAUCCAAAAGCAGCAGAGAACGAGGAGGUGGUGGUGCUGCAGAUGUGUGUACGCUGUGCAAAAGAAAGACCCAGCAGGGUUCUCCACACUUCAAGCAACGGUGCUGGGAGUGCGGGCAAAACAUCUGCAUUGUCAUGUCUAAACAUUUCUGCCCGAGAAAAAUGUCGCUGCCGUUUUUUGGCUGGGAGGUGACCUAUGAUGAUGAUUCUCCUCGUGUGGAGCUGAAGGCGUCUCAGGCGCCCAAAGACAGUGGCGUCUACACCAUGUACCAUGGCACUAGUGUCGCCAAUGCUCGGCUCAUCAUCGCCAACGGCUUUCAGCAGUCAUCGGGUGGCAUGCUGGGAAAGGGCGUGUAUGUCAGCCGUGAUAAGAAAAAGGCUGAACGUUAUCCGCUGCACUGUAACCCUUCAAACCGCGUGGUCCUUGAGUUACGUGUGCGUGUGGGCCGCGUCAAACGCAUUGACACAGACAACCAUCCUAUGCAGUAUACCUGGAGCUCGCAAGGCUACGACACUGCCUGGGUACCCCCCAACUGUGGCAUGAAAGCCGUACCCAGCGGCCUAGAGGAGGAUUGUGUGUUUGACCCCAAAAGAGUGAAAGUCGUCGGCAUUGGAAAGGCCCAACACACCUUCCUGACAGAGCUUCAGCAACUUCUGGCUAAUAGUAAAAGAAAUCUAGGUGAAGGAGAUUGGGGUGCAGCACCGAAUCUUGGUGGUGCUAUGGACAUGUGCUCACUGUGUAAGAGAAAGUCCCAGCAGGAUUCUCCACACGUCAAGCAACAGUGCUGGGGCUGUGGGCAAAACAUCUGCACUCUCAUGACCAAGCAUGUCUGCACAGCCAGCCGCUGAGAGUGUUUAAGGGCCUGAAAAACAGUUGUCAAACAGAUGGAAAAAGGAACCAUGUCACUAUGGCUACCUGAUGUGGUAGAAGACAAGUGGAGGGACAACUAGAUAAAGAAAAUCAAAGAGUGAAAAUUAAUAUCUCAGGAUGUAAUCAUACUUUUGAAAGAGGGCUCAAAGUUUCUACUAUUUGCUGUUCUGUGUUACUUUUUUUUUUCCUUUACACAAAUGGACAACUGUAAUUGGUGCAACAGUAGUUACUACUAAACAUGUCUCUGGGAUCUGUAUGUUACCAGCAAAGUCUUUUUGUAUUAAGUACUGUUCACUACUAAGUCUACUAUAAUCUUUUUUUUCCCACUUUAUUCUGGUUGUAUUGACGGAUCAGCAAUCGCUGGGAUUAUGUGCACUUAAGAUGAGACAAUCUUUUUGUACUGAGCAAUGUUUCUUUAUUUCAGCCUGGAUGGGGACAAUGGCUACUUUAUGCAAUGUUCAUUUUGAAAUAUGUGAUAAUGAUCAUGAUUUGUCAUUUAAUUUAAUUUCCCAAAGACUAUAUAUGUAAAACCAAAGAAUCAUGUAAAGCCAAUAAAUGUUUUGAUAUCAGA